AUGGAGGGGCAGAGCGGCCGCUGCAAGAUCGUGGUGGUGGGGGACGCGGAGUGCGGCAAGACGGCGCUGCUGCAGGUGUUCGCCAAGGACGCGUACCCCGGGAGUUACGUCCCCACCGUGUUCGAGAACUACACGGCAAGCUUUGAGAUCGACAAGCGCCGCAUUGAGCUCAACAUGUGGGAUACUUCAGGCUCUUCUUACUAUGACAAUGUCCGGCCUCUGGCCUAUCCCGACUCCGAUGCUGUGCUCAUCUGCUUUGACAUCAGCCGACCGGAAACACUGGACAGUGUCCUCAAGAAGUGGCAGGGAGAGACUCAAGAAUUUUGCCCCAACGCCAAGGUUGUGCUGGUUGGCUGUAAACUGGACAUGCGGACCGACCUGGCUACGCUGAGGGAGCUGUCCAAGCAGAGGCUUAUCCCCGUUACACAUGAGCAGGGCACGGUGCUGGCCAAGCAGGUGGGGGCCGUGUCCUAUGUGGAGUGCUCCUCCCGGUCCUCGGAGCGCAGUGUCAGGGAUGUCUUCCACGUGGCCACAGUGGCCUCCCUUGGCCGUGGCCACAGGCAGCUGCGCCGCACCGACUCACGCAGGGGACUGCAGCGAUCCACACAGCUGUCAGGACGGCCAGACCGAGGGAAUGAGGGCGAGAUACACAAGGAUCGAGCCAAGAGCUGCAACCUCAUGUGA